AGAAACUUGAUUCGCUUCUCAAUAUUUGGAAAAAAGAUUUGAUUAUCAUCACAGCAAUCAUAGCAAACAAACUUUCCGCAAAAUUGCAUGAAAUCUAUCUUUUAUUUUAGGUUGAUUAAAGUUCAAAAUUAAAAAGAAUUCUUCCAAUAAAUUCGCUCCUAACUGCUAUAGACCUCAAUAGAAAUCUGAAAGGAAAGAUUUGGGUCAUACUACUACAGGUAUCCUUACGUGUAUUCUAUGGAUCAUAUCAGUGCUUUGUUCCCGAAUAUAGCACAAAUGUGGAACCCCCAUGUCCGUUUUGUGCAAGAUUUAAUCAAUAGUGACGUCGUUGUGAUAUUUUCCAAGUCGCAAUGCCCUUACUGUUAUAUGGCAAAAGAUGUGUUCCGUAAACUGAGGCAACCUUACACAGCUAUUGAAUUAGACCAGAGACGCGAUGGAGAGGAAAUUCAAGAAGUUUUAAGGAAAAUGACUGGCGCCAAGUCGUAUGUACAGGUUCCACGCAUCUUCAUCAAUGGGAGAUUCAUUGGCGGUGCAAAUGAUAUCAAAGACUUGUAUGAAACUGGUAAAUUACGUAGGAUAUUGAAUAAAUGAGGUUGUAAUUUUCGUUUAGGUUUAAUUAUUGUAAUAGAUUUGGAAUAUUAAACAUAGAACUCUAGAA